AUGCAGUUGUCGCUGAUGGAUAAUUCGAAGCUUGACAUGAGGCCUUCCGUGCAGCUGGUGGUCAUUCUGCUGGUACUUUUCGUUUCAUCAGUCUGGCUGUUUACCUGCAUUGUUCACGCUUUUUAUAAGUUCUUCAUGUACAUCUACCGUUUUUCGAAGGAGUACAUCAGCAUCGUUCAAUCAUUGGGCGCUCGCGCAUAA